CAUGAAUAUAUUGAAUUUAAGUUGCAAGCAGUUUUAAUAAUUAUAAACGAUCUUAUUUUUUUAUAUACCCCACAUUCUGUGGUUGGGUUUUAAAUAAAAGCAGACUAAAUCCAGUUAUGAUCCUCCAGACCGCAUGCGAUCUGCCUGGGCGCUGUUUUAUCACGAGGGCUUGCAGAAACAUUUCCUCGCAUUUCCAGUGAAACAUGCCACCCAAGAAAAGAACACGAAGCAAAUCCACUAGACAUGCUGAUGCAGACGCCCAGCUCUGUGAGGGGUCUGAUGAUGUUGCACAACUCAAAACUGGCAAAAGAAACAGGUCGGCAGCAGUAACAAGUGAUGUGGAGAAAAAUAAAAAUGAUGACGCAAUCAAAUCAUCUUACAGCCACUGGCUCAUGAAGUCUGAACCUGAGAGUCGGAUUGAAAAUGGAGUGGACGUGAAGUUUGGAAUUGAGGACCUAAAAGCCCUUCCCAGUCAGACUGGAUGCUGGGAUGGAGUGAGGAAUUAUCAGGCACGUAAUUUCAUGAGAGAUAUGAAGGUGGGCCAGCAGGCUUUCUUUUACCACAGUAACUGCAAAGAGCCAGGUAUCGCAGGCCUCAUGAAGAUCGUAAAGGAGGCUUAUGUGGACCAUACACAAUUUGACAAGAAGGACGUGCAUUAUGAUCCCUCCAGCAAAGCAGACAACCCUAAAUGGAGUAUGGUGGAUGUUCAGUUUGAAAGGAUGACCAAGCGUUUCAUCCCUCUGACUGAGCUGAAGAAAUAUCACUUGCAGCACAAAGCUAAAGGUGGACCCUUAAAAGAUAUGGCCCUCUUCACCAGGGCCAGACUAUCAGUUCAGCCCCUUACUUCAGAGGAGUUUGACUUUGUCCUGAGUUUGGAGAAUGAAGAUCCAAUAUGAAAAUCACCAUAAAAGCCUGUUUCAUCUCAUCCUAUUAUGAUUCUCUCUCACUUUAAAUGUUAUAUAGUCAGUCUUUUCUUUAUGUAAUCUAUACUC